UGGAAUAUUUGUACAAGGCCAUCUAUCACAGUGUCCGUAUGCGAAAGGAAUGAUAUACCUUCUUAUAUGAUUCAGUAUGAGCGAUAUAAGUGUUCUUAUAUGACGAAAAUUGGUCGACAUAAUAAGAGCGAGAAAUAUAACAUUUCGAAUUUCACGAGUUCGAUAUCGUGAAUGUAAAGCAGGACAACGGCACGAUAACGGAUUGCCUAUAACAUGAUAACGAUCUAUACACAAGAUUACUAGUCCAGUUUAUUCUUAUGAUUACUGUAUUAUACAUUUGCUAGCAAGAAACGGUUAGGAAACGCGACUUGCAUAGAAUCCGUAAAAUAUAUAUGUAGAACGUCAAAUGAGUCAUUACACCGAAAACGGAAAUGGUUUGGCAUUGUACAUUACCAGGAAUCAAGAAACGUGACAACAAACGAAAUAAUUUGAUAAGACUUAUAAGAUAGAUUAGAGAAAAAUCAAAAUUGUAGAUAUGGUAUAAUAGUCAAAAGAUGUUUGAACAAUGGAACAUUCUAUUGUAGUGUUGUAUAUAUGUGAUAAAUCAUUUAUAUAUCAUUGAAUUUUUAAAUUUUUUACAGAUAAGAAUGACAUAGAUAAUAAAAGUAAAAUGAAUUUUUACAGUAAUACUAUAAAAUAGAGUUCACUUUCUAAAAAAAUAUCAAUGAAUCAUCAGUUGAUCGUUAUCGUCGGUAGAAUGGUUUGACAUUCUAGAUUCUAAAUUCACUCGUGAAGUUAAAACGAAAAUUGUGACACUUUGGUAUUGCUUGUUAAACAUGUUAUCAUUCUUAUAAAUAGUGUAUUCAUACGAAGUGUAAAAUAACAAUAAGAUUUGAAAGGAAGCACUGAAAUACCAGCAGUGAAUUAUUGAUGACACAAAAAAAAGUAAGGUAUAAUUGCGUAAAAAAAUUUAGGAACAAUAUAGCUAUUUUGAAGAAACUAAUAAAAAAAAAAAAAACUAAUCUUAAACGUAUUUAACGUGCAUAUUCUGACAAAAGUGUGCCAACAAGUAAGAUAACGUGCGAAACGACAUUUUAGACGAAAAUAAAAAUUUUCAACAAAGAAAGAAGAAACUUAAACGUGAUAAACUAAAAUUACUUGAGAUUCGGAUUGUAUUGUUGAUCAUUGAAAUAUUUUGAUUACUUACGUUACAUCAAAAGAAUUGGUUUUCGUGGUUAAUGCCAUGCUCUUUCAUCAAGAGCAGCGUGUAACAGGUAAAUUGAAUCGAAAGUGAACCGUUUCAUUGAGUAACGCUGUUUUCGCUAUCAUGCAAUUGCCACGAAUUACGUAAUUGAACAACAGAGAAGGAAAGAGGGACGAAGACGUAAGAAAAGACGUGUAUGAAAAGCGUAUUGAGAAUGACCUUCGAAAUCUUCUCGACUGUCCGUCCAUCGAGAGGGAAGAGUUCGGAGAUAAGGUCGGACACGAUUUAAUCCUAUAUCUAGCUGUGAUUGUUUCAAAGGUAUCGGGCCUGGAAGAACGGAAGAAAAGGAUGUGGUGCGGGAACAGAUGAUCCUAGCGAGACAACGUUCUGGCAAGAGUGUCGAGAUUUUUAAAGCAAUCGUAGUUGGUUAUGCCGUGUCUCUCGGCACAGCAGGUGUAUCGUGAGAGAUGACAGUCACUUAUACUGCUGAAGUCGCUACCUGCAAAGGUCUCGGUUGCUUUCUAAAAUUACUCCUAAGGUAAGCGGUUUGGCUUGGUAGUUCGAUUCACUCGGUUGACAUGUUGCGUGCGAAAAAAGAAGAUCGUGGGCGAGAAAUAUAUUUUCUCUUUUGCUUUCGUUUUGUCUCGUACAUUAUAUAAAAUGUUAAUGUCGCGUUAAUAAAAUUAUCAAUUCUGUCGCAAUAUCGUGUUAUUUACUUUGAUUGAAGAUAAUCGGAAUGGUCAACAUUCGAUAGAUAAUAUUCAUAUAAAGAGCAAACGAUAGAUUUUUAAAAAUCGAAGUGUGCUCCGCAAAUAGAUCGAAAUCUAUUUUUAAAACUGUGGACUUUAUUUUUUAAUGCAACUAUCAGUUACUAGAUAAAUAAUCGAAAGUUUGUCGAAUGAUAUUUCGAAUACUUCCGUCAUAAUGUUCGUGGAAGAAAAUGUGUCACAGAUGGCGAGCCAGCAUAUACAAGCUUGUCUGGUUGGACCUAGCCCUGUUCCUCUUCAUAUAUUACUCGCUCUCGAGUAUCUACCGAUUGAUACUGGACGACGAACAGAAGAAGAUCUUCGAGGCCGUGGUGACGUACUGCAAGGAGUACAGCGACCUAAUUCCUUUAUCUUUCGUCCUGGGCUUCUACGUUAGCAUCGUUAUGACCAGAUGGUGGAAUCAAUAUAUGGUGAUACCGUGGCCGGAUUCGAUCGCCGUUUUCGUAUCGGCCACGAUACACGGGAAUGACGAGAGGGGUCGAUUGAUGCGGCGAACCAUCGUCAGAUACGUGUGCGUCUGUUUAACGCUGGUACUGGCGAUGGUGUCACCCCGGGUGAAGAAACGUUUCCCCACGUUGGAGCAUUUCGUGGAGACCGGUCUGCUGCUGGAGAACGAGUUGGUCAUAUUCCAAAGUCUGAACGCCAAGUUUCCUAAGCCUAGCAAGCACUGGCUGCCAAUAGUAUGGGCGUCGAGUAUCGUGACGCGGGCGAGGAAGGAGGGUCGCAUUCGUGACGACUUCGCCGUGAAAACGUUGAUAGACGAGUUGAACAAGUUUCGAGGCCUCUGCGGUAGCCUUAUGCACUAUGAUACAAUUAGCGUUCCUUUAGUUUACACUCAGGUGGUAACACUGGCCGUGUACACGUAUUUCUUAACGAGCGUGAUGGGCCGUCAGUGGGUGCAGAACUCGUCCACGUCAAAGAUCGAUCUCUAUUUCCCAGUAUUCACGACGCUGCAAUUCUUCUUUUACAUGGGCUGGUUGAAGGUAGCUGAGACGUUGAUUAAUCCAUUCGGCGAGGACGACGACGAUUUCGAAGUGAACUGGAUAAUCGAUAGAAAUUUACAAGUUAGCUACCUCAUCGUUGACGAAAUGCAUCACGAGCACCCAGAAUUAAUCCGUGAUCAAUAUUGGGACGAGAUAUUUCCCACCGAGCUUCCGUAUACAGCGGCGGCUCAAGCUUUUCGUGAAGAACAUCCACAACCUUCGACGGCCGGUAUUCAAUUGUCAGCGGCACAGCAGGAGCUUCAACCGUCCACUGCAAGGAUCGAUGACAUGGCGGCGGAUUUCCCGCAAAAAUUCCGUAGCGAUGUGGCAGACGACGCAGAGUCCGGUAUACACUUUACAGCUACUGGAAAAAUGUCGAGAAGUGCGAGCAGAGUGAGCACUCGGGAUCGUACCUUGAGUGGGGGCUCCACACCGAGUAUCAUUGGGGAUUCUUUGACGAGAGUGAACAGCGUGACCAGCGUGCUGAAACGUUUAUUUAGCAAAGAUGAUAGGCCAGAUGGCGGUACGUCGAGCGGUACUAAAACCCCUGGCAGGCUGGCUAGUUCCAGUUCUGCCGCCUCGUUGCAAAAUCGGAUUAUCGCGGGAGGGGGCUCGAUGAGGAUCGGGGUGAUUAAAGAAGAAGCGGACGAGCAGAUGACUCUGGUUUCGAUGAAGUCACAAGACAAGAAGCCUCACGUGCAGAGCAUAUUUUCACCAGGACCGCCGCCACCGAGCGCCCCCGUCGCUGUCCCUGGUAUGGAACAUUCGCGAAAUGGAGAGAUAUUUUCGUGCAGCGCCCCCAUAACCGGUGGCGUGUUGGAAGGAAGUAACGGCGAAAGCGCCAACGAUAGGCGAUACGUGCCUGAUUCAAGGCUGAACGCAACGGACAACGCAAUCGGCACGUUCGAGCAUUAUUUAUGAACCAGCGACGAGCUAUGUCGGCAGUGGAAUCGGCAGUGAUCUUAUCAGUACUCGUACUUCGUCGUGCAGCAGCAUAAAUUCCGAUGACGAGUUCUCGAAAUUAAAAUCGGAAAGGGAGAAACAAAGGCGGGAGAAAAUUGUACGGAGACUGGCUAGAAGCACGAGCGGGCAUAAUAAUUUGAUCGACGAACAUUCGAGGAGCUCCCUGGAUGAGCAUCUUCUGUUGACAGAUAUGGCGAAUACGUCGCGUUUAUCCAUGAUGCACGGAGAUAACGAGGAUACGGUCGUGAACGAAAAUGAUCGUGUUUAGCAGGAUCACGAAUGGUAUAUCAUCGAAGUUUAGUUUUUUCAACUUCGCGAAAGAACGAUUGAAAAUAAAAACAUGUGUAAAGUGUUUCUAUGAUAUUUAAAUAAGGAGACUACCGAUCAAUCGAGAGAUCGAAGAAAAGUACUUAAGCGAAUUUUGACGCGCUCUUUUAUUUCUGUCGAGAUUGAUUCAGAUGAUUCGCAGACUCUGUAAGGUAUUAGUUUAUAUACGAACUUUUUUACUAGGAUGAUAUUGUGAAGAAAUAGAAAUAGAAAUAGAAAGAAAUGAUGAACAUCUGUAAGUUUAAUCAUAAUUUGUGAUUAAAAAAGAGUGAAACUACAUAGAAUUAAUAGAUGAAAUUUAUAAGCAUUUUCGUUGUAAAAAAAAAAAAAAAAGAAA